AUGAGAUACAGAGAAGCGAUUUCCGAGCGUCCGUUGAUAAUAUGGGAGCCGUCUCCUCUGUUCUGCGGCCCGAACAACCUCCAGGAAUGCUUAGAAGCCGCAUCGAUGGUUGACGUGUUCUCUCCAAAUCACAUAGAGCUGGCCAAAUUAUUCUCAGUCCCACUUUAUGCUGAAUCGAUCCAGGAAAGCAUCGAGAAUCUUGCAGCGCGGGUUGUGCAGCACGGAGUCGGUGCAGACCGCCAAGGUACUGUGAUCGUUCGGGCUGGUGAGCAUGGGUGUCUUGUCGGUGCGUGGGGCCAUUCUCCCAAAUGGUUCCCUCCGUACUAUAAAUUUGACUCGAGGGAUGUGAAUAGCUCCAAGGUCAUUGAUCCAACUGGAGCCGGAAACACUUUCUUGGGGGCAUACGCUGUUGGGUAUGUCAAGACGGGGAACGUCUUGGAUGCAGCUUGUUACGGCUCGGUUGGGGCAUCGUUCGCCAUAGAGCAAGUGGGUACACCGGAGAUUACAAAAGAACGUGACGGAGAAGUAUGGAAUGGGGUCAAUGUUUACUCAAGAUUAUCUGAAUACAUGGCGAGGAUCAUGUUGAAAGAGGUCCGCAGUGUCGGCUCAUGA